UGUUUUUCUACCGGCCAGGUUGAGAAAAAAAGUUUGUAAUUGCUAGAUUUGUACUUUUUUUAUAAAUUGCUCAAGAAAAUUGCAAAAACAAAAUUUUAUGUAGAAUUGAAUCAUCAUCCUGCCCCUAUCCAUGUAAGAAUGAAUGUAAGCUAUACUUUUUAUAAAAGGGUUGUAUAAAUUUUUUUAAAUGACAAAUAUUGAUUUGAAAUAUUCUCCUCGAUGACCAUUUGCGAAUUUAUGAGACCGUCAUCUGUCAGCAUCCGAAUUAAUUCCUUUCCAUCUCUCAGAACCAUGUCGUAAAAUUAUUUCAAAAAUAAAAAUAGCAAUAGGUAAAAAUAGAAAAAAUAUUAUGAAAUCAUGAAGUAGACUAAGGCCAGGGGUAACAAUGCAGUGUUUGAACACGCUGAGAGCCGGCGCGCAGCGGCUGUCGCACGCGGCGCCCACGUUCCACUUGCCUCCCCAAUACAACCUCAUGACGAAAAGGUUCAAGAGGCAAUCUCCAUGCGAUUAUAUCUUAAUACCUAAGGAUAAGAAACCGUGUUUCGAUAUUCGCAACGUAACGAUAGAACGAGCGACAGAAUGUCACUCAAGGAUGAUUCGUUCGUUCCUCUACACGCACUACUGGCCUCGGGAGCCGAGCGUCAUCAGCUUAUGGAUGCCCAUCAAUAGCCCCUAUCUCGAUAUACUUACCGACAAAUACUCUCAUUCUGGAGAGCGACUCCUAGCCUUCGAGCGCAUCCCGCGUACAUCUGAACGCAAGCUGAUCGGCAUCACGAUUGCCAACAGGGUCUAUCCCUGGAUGAUCAAGGAGCUGGUUGAGUGGGCUCACUGCACCCCCUCCAAGCCCGAACGACACAGGAUGUUUUUCUGCGCCCAUUGCCUGCAGAGUCCCAACUUAUUUAAGAAGUAUAAUGUUGACUAUAUUUAUGAUAUCGAAGUACUGGGUACUUCGGCCGACGUGACAGGUCAGGGUGUGGGCACCAUGCUGCUGAAGACAAUCCUCGCCAGUGCGCGGGAGUUGCGCCACCCGGUCGUGCAGGUCGUGUCCAAAAGUCAAUAUACUUCAAGGAUUUGUGAAAAAUGUGGCAUGAAACGAGUUUGGGCCAUGGAUUACACAGAGUUCGUAGACGACUGCGGGCAGCGCGUGUUCUUCCCGAGGCGACCUCAUCACACUGUUGGCGUUUAUGUUAAAUACUUUGACCCCAAGAAGGGAAUGGAACUUCCAUGUAAACGAAAACCUCAAUGAGGAUUGAUAUUCAACUUAAACCAGUGCGAGUACUAAGUGACAUAAAUAAUGCUGUUAAGAUAUUCCGCGUACAAGCUGUUUGUUACAGAAUUCCAAUUUUAUAAUCAAACUUAUUUUAAAAAUGGACAAUUAAAACAAACUGCAAAUA